AUGGACGAUGUGAUGCAAUGUAACGAUGCACUCGUUGCUGACCUUUAUGAGAAGCUGGUCAACUGGAUCGUAUUCAACAUCAAUAGAGUCCUCUUCCCCAAAAUUAUGAGAACUUCUCAAUACAACCGAAUAUCAAUGCUGGACGGGUCUGGUUUUGAAGACAACCAGAAGUUCGGCAACCACUGGCAGCAGUUGCAGAUCAACUUCUUCAACGAACAGAUGCUCUACCACUACAACAAAAUUGUCUUUAGGCAGCCAUGUGAAGACUACAGAGUCCAGACAGGCGAUGCAACCUACCCACCUGGCCUACUCCUGAACGUUUUGAACGAAGAAAGCCUAGACGAGACAUCAUCAGAUCUCCAGCUCAUCCAAAAAUUUGACCAACGACUGAGCAACAGGAACGAAUUGAACAUUGUGAAGGAACACACUUUGUUGUUCAGUGUUAACCAUACAAUAUCAAACGUUACUUACUCCGUGCAUGAUUUCAUCAAAGAAAACAGGAACAGAUAUGAGAACAAAUUCAUUGACUGCUUCAAGAAAUCAGAGAGUCAGUUUAUUGCGGACAUCAUCCAGUGCAAACAGUUGGAUGACGAAAUAAGUUGUCUAAAAGAUUCGGUGAAGAGAAACAGGAAAUCUCAGUUCAUAACUGAAACAACGAAUCACAAAAAGCCAGAAAGUAAGAAGAAAAAGAAUAAGUUGCUCAGUACGAAACACAAGGGCUUACCGUGUGACAUGUUGCCAAAGUUGGACAAACACUUAUUCAGAUCUACACUCACAAAGUCGGUAAAUUCAUUUGACGAAGGAUUCGUGAGGAGCCAACUGAUUAGUCUCAACGUUAUGCAUACUAUCAACCAGUACCUACUCAAGCCAAUGAUCUUCAUUGAGUUUCCACAUUUUGUUCAAAAGUACAAGGUGUUGCACUUCCCUCUACACUCGCACGUGGAGCCAACAGCCAUCAACUGCUUGAAUAUUUUGCUAUCCGCUGGAGUAGCUGAUUAUAAAAUUGGAAAGGAUAAGGUACUUCUGCGCUACAAACAGCGUACCGAGCUGGACAAAAAGAUGAACCGUUACGAAAGAAGAGUACACACAUGCCAGGCAAGCAUCAGAGGUUUCGUCGCCCGCAAAUGUUACAAGCAAACUCUGCAUGCUUGGAGGGCCAGCAAUCCUUGGAGGGCCGGCAACCCUCUCAGCCAGAUGAAAUUCAAAAGUACUUCAAGCGGCAUCAACGCUGAUGUCGAUUGCAGUGGUAGAAAAGAUAGCACCUACUAUGAAGAUAAUGAUAAUUAUUAUGUGAACGUCGGUGGCAAUAACAAGAGAAUCUCCUCGACGUCAAAUAAAACUGAAGCUAGUGCAGCAGCUACUACUACUGCUACAACUACUUCAUGUAUCGAUGAUAACAAAAAAUAUAAUGAUGAUGAUGAUGAUAAUGUUUAUGAAAACGUUAACAGGGAAAACAUAAACACCAUCCACAACAUUAAUAACAAACCAAAUCCAACUCACAGUAAAUCAGAAAAUAAUGCCGUCAAACUUUACCAGAAGCAAAUAAGGAAUUCGGGUUUUUUCAAAAAUGUAUUGAACGAGUCUCUCAAAAAUUUUCAUAAAGUGAAUAAGGAAGAUUGGGUGAAAAUAUUUUUCUUUGAAAAUGACAACCGUCUGAUCAGCAAAUUCUUCUGCGAGGAACCUCAGCUGAGUAUAAACAACAGUGAGGAGGAGUACGAUGGGAAACUGAUUGGCUUGAGGACGCCGAACUUUGCAUGGAGCAAUCCACGUACCUACAGUGUUCUAGAUUCGUUGAAAAGUGACUUUGACAUCACGAAACAGGACAAUGGCGACGUGUUCGUCCGUUCGAGCGGCACCAGUGUGUGCGUCCUGGCCACUUACUUCGCGCACAACCUCCACCCCGAUCGAUCCAUCUCCGUCAAAAACGCAAAAAUCUUUGACAUGAAACUCUUCAGACAAACGAUAAAGAAUGAAAUGCACAGCAGCAACUUCAGCGUGAGGAACAUCGAGAUGAGCAGCAUGGUCCUCCUCAACUUUUUCUCCACCCCCGACAUGAACUUGCAGGAAGAAAAAGUGAGCAUGCUUCUCAUUUUCUACCACGCCUUGGACAUCAUCGGUGACUACGAAGUUUACAAGAACUUGAUUGCAACUGGUGACGACAAGCAUGUUCCUUUGGAAAUGUGGCUGAAGUCAAAGCAAACACGAACAUAGCUAGAACAUGA